AUGGCCUAUCGACAGUAUGAGCAGGGAACGAGUGGGAUGAACUUUGAUCGAUUUCUGGAUCGUUUCGAUGAGAAUACAGUUACCAAAUUGAAACGACACUACUGGACGGCCAAGCAGAUGUUUCGAAAUAAAAUGGGGAAGAAGGAAGACGAGCUACUCACGGCAUCAGAUGCCGAUUUCGACUCGCAAGUGACGCUGUUCAAUUCGAUCAAACGGACCAGCGAUCAGCUGCUCGAGGCCUCAAAUAAUUACCAUGGGUUUUUACUAGACGCGGCUCAAAGUGAGAAUGGGGUUGGGAAAUAUUUGAAAGAUCGAGGGAAGGAACAACGGAGAGAAGAGACCAAGAAGGUAAUGAUCGCCGUAGGUCGAGCCUUCCUAUACGCUUCCCAUCAAAGAGCAGCCAUUUCUCAACCCCUAUUACGAUUUUAUGAAGAAAUCUGUGUCUUCAACGAAAGAGCCAUAUUCGAUUGUGGGCAGACGGUAGAAGCGGCUGAACGAGCGAAGACAGAAUAUAGAGGAAGUUUGCUGUGGAUGAAGCAGGAGAGCGAGGAGCUGGACCCCUCGAAUUUCCGGCAAAUGGAUCGAUUCCGAGAAGUCCAGGCGACGGUUAGAUUGAAUAAAGAGCGGUUGGACCGGUUGAAAGAGGAUACGUUACAAAAGGUCGACCUCCUCUCGGCUAGCCGAUCUCAUCUACUGUCGCAUUUGUUAGGGCGAUACCUCGAGCUCCUCACUACUUACUACCAAAAAACGGGAACGAUCUAUGCAACGCUGGCCAAAAAUCUUUCCGUUUAUGAUCACUAUGAUUUUGAGAUAUUGACGGAACUGAUCGAGCCCUCAAGGAAAGCAGCUCAAAAAGCUCGGCAGGAAAGUGUCGAAAAAGAGCGGGAAGAGGAGGAGCAGCAGAAGGCUGUUGAGGCCGAGCAACCGGAUUUGAUGCAAUUUAACGACCGCGACGAGACGAGUCUACGGUACCUUUUUGGAGGAGAAUCACCCAGUGAUGAGAGAAUUGUGACGGAUAGAAGGCGAUUGGCCGACGAUGAGGAGCGACCAGAUAGUCCGCUAGUAGGAGAAGCUGAAAUAGGAAUGGAUGCGUUGGAGGGGUUACAAGUUGACGACCUAUCAAACUUCGGGCCCCUCCCACCGCUAUAUCAAACCCAAAACGUGCCGAAAUUGACGCCGCCCCCGGAGAAUUUCACUCAAAAGCCCCCACUGUCCAAGACGAUUCCAAAACACGACCCGUUCGACUUAUUAUCGUUGAGUGGGGAUCUCUUCCGCCCCAAAGCAAAUACCGAUGGCUUCGAUCCUACAAAUCCAACAAAUGCUUUCCAGGGGAAUGCCGGGUUUAGCAAUGAAUGGGACUCUCUGCUCUCUCAAUGCGAUCUACAAACUACAAACGAUUUGAUC